AUGAUGGUAGAUAGUAAGGUGAAUGAUGAUACGAGGAAGAGGAAGAGGGCAAGUGCAAUAUUGCGUAGUUUGAUCAUUGACGAUAAUGUGCAUUCUGAAAUAUCAAAAAUUGCAAGAGAAAAUCCAAAUAAGUUAAUGAAAAGUAAGAGAAAUACUACUGUAAAUGUUAAUUAUGUUCCAAGAAAAUUUCAUAAUGUUAUUGUACAAGGUGAUGAUGUAGGUAGUCGAAAUCCAAGUCGCCGUAACAGUAGAAGAAAAACUAGUUCUUUAACAAGAAGAAAACAACAUAGAAGACGAUUAGAUAGUCUGUCCUCAGCUACACAAAGAUCUAGGAUAAAAGGAAAUACAACGACAUCAAUUAAACAAUCACCAGUGAAUGAAUUCACUCUUCCAUAUGUUGUGGAACAAAUGUGGGAGUUACCUGGCACAGUGGAAGAAUUAAACUCUUUAAAUAACAAAUUACAUUACAUUACUGAUGUUAAAAAUCCAAAUCUAAUAGACAACAAUGAUUAUACAAUUACUGGCGUAAAGAUUAAGUUUAAUCCAUUAAAUUUUUUAAAUUUUUCAAAUAUUGUAAAUAGAUCUAAAGUUGAAGCACAGUUAAAUUCAAAACUUCAUAAUGAUGCUGUAAAUACUGACUUUGAUGUUUAUCAAGCUGAAUCGCUUAUAAGCGCAAUAGAUAAUGCUAAUGAAUUACCAUACAGAGGAGUAAUAGCGAAUUCAAAGGAUUUUUUAACAUCAAGAACGGCACCAACAAUAAGUGAUAGGAUACAAUUCAAAGAAAUAUUAGAUCAGUCACUUUCUGCAUCUUAUUGUAAUGCGAACAUUUUAAUGUGUAAUCAUAGUAAAGCAGAGGAUAUUGAUGAAAAUAAAAGAAAUAAGAGAAAGAAAAUUUCUACUACACAAAAUCAAAAUAUGUUAAGUAACACCUUAUCAAGUGCUAUAGAAUAUAUUUAUUUAUCAGGUUAUGAAAUCAAAACUUGGUAUUCUGCACCAUAUCCAGAGGAAUACAAUAAAAACAAACUAUUAUAUAUAUGUCAACAUUGUUUAAAGUAUAUGAAUUCAAGAUUUAUAUAUUUUAGACAUAUUACAAAAUGUCGACAGGCUCAUCCACCAGGAAAUGAGGUAUACAGGGAUGGUAAAUUGUCAAUUUGGGAAGUUGAUGGAAGAGAAAACAUCGUAUAUUGUCAAAAUUUGUGUCUUUUGGCUAAACUUUUUCUAAAUUCAAAAACAUUAUAUUAUGAUGUCGAACCAUUCAUCUUUUAUGUUUUAACUGAGUUAGACGAAAGUGAUGAAAACAACCCAAAAUGGAAUUUUGUUGGUUAUUUUUCCCAAGAAAAGUUAAAUUCUACUGAUUAUAAUUUAAGUUGUAUAUUAACUUUACCGAUUUAUCAGCGGAAAGGGUACGGUCAAUUAUUAAUGGAAUUUUCAUACUUAUUAUCUAAGGUAGCAUAUAAAUGGGGAACUCCAGAAAAACCUCUUUCAAAUUUGGGUUUAUUGUCAUAUAGAAAUUUGUGGAAAAUCAAAUGUGCAAAAGUGCUACUUAUGUUAAAAAAGAGGUUCAAAGAUUUUUGCAGACCAAUCGGUAUUACUUUAGAAGAUAUAUCUGACUUUACAGGUAUGAUACCCACAGAUGUAGUGAUUGGUUUGGAGCAGUUACAAGUAUUAUAUAUGAACAAACAUGUGGUAGUCACUAAUUCUGCUGAAACAAUUAAGACAAAUAAAGAUAAAAAUACGCUAGUAAACUAUCGAAUCCAGAUUGACUCUUGGACAAGAAUUGAAAAGAUUUGUAACCAAUGGAAAGAAAAAAAUUAUCCAGAAAUUCGACCAGAAAAAUUAAUUUGGAAACCUAUGCUUUUUGGACCAUCUGGCGGUAUCAAUGCGGUUGGCUCGCUGAUUGAAACUCCACCGAAACCAAACGAUGGUGACAUAAUCACAAACUCUCAGACUGAGGAUCAUUUCAAUAAGAGCAUAAAGUUAUUAUCAAAUUUUAUGAAUGAUGAUAUAUCAGAUCCAAGAUCAAUGGAGCAAAUAGCAUGGGAUAGGAUUAAGGAUCGUAGUGAAAGCGAUAUAGAACUAUCAAAUUCACAGCAAGGAAAGUGGGUUCCUUCAUUUAUCGAGCCUAUUAUACCAAAUAACACAAAACUACUAAAGAAAAAUUCUUUUCAAAUUCAAAAAAAUAAUUCAGAAGCAUCAGAUAACGGCACUGUUGAUUUAGAAGUCUUAGAUAAUGAAGAGAUUAUCGAUGAAGAAGAGGUCUAUAUUGAAGACGAAGUUGAAGGAAAUGAUGAGGAUGAGGUUGAAUAUCAAGUAGAAGAUGAAGAUGACGAAGAUGACGGUGAUCAGGACGAAGACGACGAUGGAUACGAAGAAUUGAAGCCUAUUUCAAAACAAAGAAGAAAGAGGUAUGUUUCGCCCACUGCUAAUGUUACACUAAGAAGAUCAUCUAGGAAACUUCGACAAGAUUUAUCAUCGUCGGUGGAUGAAAAUUUAGAAUUACCUCCACUAAGAAGGAGUACACGUACUAGAAGAUGA